AUGAGCAGACUACCUCAAGAGAUAGAGCUGGGAACACUAGGAGGACCUGGGCUACCUUCGAAGUCCAGUCUUCCCUCGCAAGCUAACCUGGCUCCUUCAGACAGAGCGGAGAAUAUUUCGAGUUCCUCUUUCAAUAAUGUUUCCCCGGAAGAAAUUUCCCUGGGCGCAGCUCGUUCGGAGCUUCUUCCUGUCGAUGUAGGCUUUGGUGCUUGGUCUUUUGUUGCCUCUGCAUUCCUUUUGGAUACUAUCAUAUGGGGAUUUGGUUUCACAUAUGGUGUAUUUCAGGAGUAUUUUAUUCGCGACAAAUCAUUUGGAGAUGCUUCUGAGGCGGCAUUAGGAGCUGUGGGUACUGUAGCACUUGGUCUGCAGUACUGUUCGGCAUUGUUUGUUAUAUUGGCCGCGCAGCAAUGGCGCCAUAGAAUACCGUUGAUGAUGUGGACUUGUCUCGGCAUAUGCGUUGCAAGUCUGUUGGCCGCCAGCUUUACCAACAAGAUAUGGCAAUUAAUUCUCGUUCAAGGUGUUUGUUUUGGUAUAGGUGGCGGUGGGCUUUAUGCCCCAGUAAUUGUCUACUUGCCAGAGUGGUUUUCAGCACGCAAAGGACUAGCAGCAGCAAUAAUAUUCGGCGGAGCUGGAGCUGGGGGAACUAUCUACCCAUUAGCAACUAAUUACUUGCUUGAGAAUCUGGGCUUUAGAUGGACGUUUCGUAUCUGGGCAGCAUUUACCCUAGUACUCUGUACUAUUUCCUUAUUGUUCAUGAAGCCUCGCCUUCCUACCAAUCGUCCUUCCGGUGUAAGGCGUAUGGGCUUAUUUUCGAUGAUCAAACGCCAGCAUUGGUCAUUUCUGUACAGCCCACUGUUCCUAUGCAUAUCUAUUACUUCUUUCGUACAAGCACUAGCAUACUUCCCUGUCUCUCUCUAUAUGUCUGUCUAUACAACCUCUCUUGGUCUUCCUCCGGUCAAUGGGACUAUCGUAGUCGCUGUUUUCAACCUGGCAGCCGUAAUUGGACAAGUGCUUUUCGGGCACUUUUGCGACGUCGCACCCUAUCCGUAUGUGAUAAUCAUUUCUGGGGCUGGGGCGUCUGUGUCAGCGUACCUCUUAUGGGGUUUUGCGCACAACUUGGGCCUGAUCUUUGCAUUUGUGAUAGUAUUCGGUCUAAUGAGUGGCGGGUUCACUUCCAUUUGGCCAGCCGCUGUUACAGAUAUCGUUGGUCCCGAACAUCAAGCUACAGUUCCGAAUGUAUUUGGGAUAUUAGGUGUUUGGAAGGGAGUUGCAGCUAUAAUCGGACCGGUUGUUGCUGCCGCCUUGCAUCAUCCUCACGAAUCGGCCGUCAGGACCGCAUAUAGUGGCUACGGUUUCCGAGAUGUAACGUUGUUCGUGGGGAGUAUGAUGCUUGCUACUGCAGCUGGCGGAGUUUCUUCAAAGUUCUUGUCUCGACGUUAA